AUGAUUGCUCCAGUUCUUGUUGCCAUCGGAGCUGUCAUAGCAUUCAUUUUGGCAUUUGCCAUCGGUGCCAAUGAUACUGCGAACUCGUUCGGAACUUCUGUCGGAAGCAAGGUGUUGACUCUUCAUCAAGCGUAUGUUUUGGCCAGUAUCUUCGAAACUCUUGGAGCAUGUCUGCUAGGUCACCAAGUAACAGACACCAUGCGUAAAGGCGUAGUCGACAUCAUGCAAUUCAAAGACAUUUACAUGAACGCUACAAGCAUUGAUCCACAGUUACGCGCGGAGAACUUCGACCAAAUGAUCAUGUUGGGACAAAUCGCAAUCCUUGCCGGAUGCGGUGUGUGGAUGUUGUUGGCGACUGCAUUCAAGUUGCCCGUUUCUACAACUCAUUCUAUUGUCGGAGCCACUAUUGGAUUUGCUUUUGUUGCUGAUGGAGUCAACAUUGUCACUUGGUCAAAAGUCUAUAGAAUCUUCGCAUCAUGGAUUGUCUCUCCACUUCUAUCAGGACUAACUUCUGUAAUCAUCUACAGCACCCUCGAUCAUUUGGUUUUGCGUCGUAAAGAGCCAUUGCACAGUGGAAUUCGAGUUUUGCCGGUUCUCUACUUCCUUUGUUUCGCUUUCAACGUAUUCGCCAUCGUUUACAAUGGACCGUCAUUUCUCUAUCUGGACAGACUCACACUCAUUGAAUGCCUCAUGAUCUCCUCGUUCGUCGGACUGGUUGUUGCUCUCGUCUUCGCGUUCUUCUUGGCUCCUUACCUCAAGGAUCAUAUCUUGAGCAAAGAACUUCUUGAAAUGACUGGAAAGCAGCGUCACGGACAUCACCAUCAUCAUCAUGAUAAAAAUGGUUUGAAACAGAAGGAAAUGGAAUUAGAAGAAGGAAAGUUGAACGAUAUGAAGACCAAUGAUGAACAACAGAAAGCUGCUCUUCUUGAUCAGCCCACUAUCGUCGUCAGCACUUGUCCAUCGAACGGAGAAUCUUCAUCUUCUUUUGCCAAUCCGAAAAACACCAUCCGCCCGGCAUCUUCUCUUGCUUCUUUCUUCCGUUCCUGCAAACCAGAAGACCCACAAGCAUCCCGUCUCUUCUCACUUCUUCAAGUUAUGACUGCUUGUUUCGGAGGAUUCGCUCAUGGAGGAAACGACGUUAGCAAUGCUGUUGCCCCACUCGUCUCAUUAGUAUUGAUUGCAUCUCACGGAAUGGGAGCUGAUCAAUUGCAGACUCCAUGGUACAUUCUUCUCUACGGAUCCAUCGGAAUGUGUCUCGGUCUUUGGGUCUUGGGGCAUCGUGUCAUCUACACCGUCGGAGAGAACCUCACAAAAAUCACACCAGCAUCCGGAUUUGCCGUCGAGUUUGGAGCUGCGGUUACCGUUUUGAUUGCAUCGAAAUGCGGACUCCCAAUUCAUCAACUCAAUGUCGGAUCUGUUGUUGCCGUCGGACUUCUUCAAUCCAAGAACCAGGUUCAUUGGGGAGUUUUCCGUAACAUCUCGCUAUCUUGGAUAGUCACUCUUCCAGUUGCUGGUCUUCUCUCUGGUGGAACGAUGCUCAUUCUCCAAACGAUAACUUUCGGACCAACUGAGAUCCGCAGUUUCUUCUAA